CUGCAUUUGGUAGCAAACAAAAAAGAUGAAAACAGUACUUUCUAUUAUUUUCGUAUUAUUUCUUGAAUAUGUUGUGGGUCUGAAAUAUCCUGUUUGCGGCCUAAAGCCAAGGAUUAAUAGCUGUAUAAUGAAUGUUUUUCCAGUUCCUAAAUUUUAUUACUAUGAUGAAAACAGAAACGAAUGCUAUAUACUUCAAGAUCCAUGUAAGAAGUUAGUCCGAAAAUUUGCAACGAAAGCGAUCUGCCAAACGAUAUGUGUGGAGUAGCUAAUGCGUUAUUAUGAUUUGAAAUGUACAAAUUUACUAUAUAACUGAACUAAUAAAAAUUAUGUUUGUUUAAAAUGCAA